GGAGUCUUUGUCUCGCUGCAGUUGAAAGGAAUUGGCAGAUAUUGCUUUGAUUCUAAAGAAAUAUCUGGCGCAGCGGAGCGAUGUGCACGUUUGAUAAGGACAAAGGGCCAAGGAGGCUGAUGAAAAAGGGAUUAACUCUCAUCCUGGUCGGCCAUAUUAAUUUCAUCCUCGGAGCUAUUGUCCAUGGCAAUGUCCUCCGCCACAUUUCCAAACCCAGUCAGCAUAUCACGACUGAAUACACUGUCGCCAACAUCAUCUCUGUCACCUCUGGCCUGCUGAGCAUUGCCAGUGGAAUUAUUGCCAUUGUGGUGUCAAGAAACAUCCACGUGUUAAAGCUGCAAAUAGGACUUCUGGUUGUGUCAUUCCUGAACGCACUGCUCUCAGCGGCGUGCUGCACAGGUCUCCUCCUUGCUAUUGGUAUCACUGUUGCCCACAAUGGUCAAGGUUUGAUGCUGGGAUGCAACGAUACACAGGUGCCCAUCAACGCUCGGUCACCAGUCAGUAGCCAGUGCCCCUUUGAUACAACACGAAUAUAUGAAACCACCCUAUCAUUGUGGGUUCCGUGUGCUAUCUUGUCAGCAAUUGAGGUUGGACUGUCUCUCUGGUGCUUCAUUGUUGGACUGGCUCUCAGGGGGCUGGCACCCUGUGGCAACAGCUACAUCAAAGAGCAGUUGGAGGAAGAGGCUGAGCGCUCUGCCCAUAGCCAACGUCUGAUGGGACAUCACCUAAACCCCGAUGCCUAACUGAACAAAAAACAUUCAGGAAGGAUAUAACUCCAUGUAGACAAGCACAGCCAAAACCCAAAAGCCAUCAUUGCACUUAUAUUCAGACUAGCACAUUUUGCCCUGCAUUCAGCUGGGUGAGUGUCACAGUGGAGCAGCGGUGGAAUCAGUUCCACGAGUCUAGUUCUUGCUUUGUGGUGUAAUGAAGCCUGAUUCACAGAUGGGUUACCAAACAGCUUCUUAUAUAAACCAAAUUGUUUAUCUUCUAUGUACAGCUGUGCGAAGGCAGCUGAUUCCAUCUAGUCUAUAUGUGCCUGAUGAAACCUAUAAGUUAUAAAUUAAUUUACAGUGCCACAUAAAAAACCCACAUCUGUAUAUUAAACUGUUUCAUUCCAAAGUGUAGAUUCAGUGUGGAAGCUGUAGUAUGAUAUCAGUAAUCUUUUCAGUCUUAUCAGUAUGCCUCCUUGGCUGUUUUGAUUCUGCACAACCAGGUAUGUUACGCCAAGCAUGUCUUUUUAUAGGAAGUAUAUAAGAACAAAGCUUUGUUUAUGAAGAAAGUCCAAUUUCAUUUCAUGCAAAAGUUCGAAUAUUUGAGCUGAGUUCAGGAUCAUUUUAGCUUCUAUAAACCUUGACAUUACAUUUCAGAAAAAUGUGUUU